AAGUAAUGGUCCGUCUGUGAUGUGUGAUAGCUUGUAUUUUCUCCGCUCCAUUGAGCCUCACCGACUGAGACGAUUCAUCCAGACAAGAUCCACAAACCGAGACGUGUCAAAGCUCUGCUCUCAUGCUCUCCGAGGUCCGCUCAGUUGGCGCUCCGCUGAGUGAGCUAUCCUGGUCGACCUCCCUGGCCGUGGUGGCCAUCUCCCUCUCGGGCCUCUUCACCUUCGUCUUCCUCAUGCUGGCCUGCCUCUGCUGCAAGAAAAGCAAAACCGGCUUCAAGGAAUUCAAGAAUGUGGACGGGGAGGAGUACCACGCAGACAUGUCCACGUUGGCCUCGCCGGCCUCCCAGGGCAGCCCGGACGUCUACAUCCUGCCCCUCACCGAGCUCUCCCUGCCGGUCGCCAAGCAACCUGCUCGAUCAGUCCAACUCCUGAAAUCCACAGAUCUCGGCCGCCACAGUCUUCUCUACCUGAAAGAGAUUGGGAAUGGCUGGUUUGGGAAGGUUCUGCUGGGGGAGGUGAACGCAGGCCUAAAUACCACCCAGGUGGUGGUGAAGGAACUCAAAGCCAGCAGCAGCGUGCAGGACCAGAUGCACUUCCUGGAGGAAGUACAGCCUUUCCGUGGCCUGCAGCACCCAGCUCUGCUGCAGUGUCUGGCCCAAUGCACCGAGGUCACUCCCUACCUGCUGGUGAUGGAGUUCUGUCCACUGGGGGAUGUGAAGGGUUACCUCCGAAGCUGCAGGACCUCAGAAACCAUGACCCCAGACCCCUUGAUUCUCCAACGGAUGGCCUGUGACAUCGCCUCGGGACUCAUGCACAUGCACAAACACAGCUUCACACACAGUGACCUGGCUUUGAGGAACUGCUUGUUGACUGCUGAUGUCUCAGUGAAGAUUGGAGAUUACGGCCUGUCCCAGAGCAAGUACAAGGAUGAUUACUACGUGACUUCAGAUCAGAUGUACGUGCCGCUGCGCUGGAUCGCUCCCGAGCUGGUGGAUGAGGUGCAUGGAAACCUGCUGGUGGCUGACCAGACCCAACACAGCAACAUGUGGUCUCUGGGAGUGACUAUCUGGGAGCUGUUUGAGCUUGGGAACCAGCCCUACAGACACUACUCUGACAGACAAGUACUGACCUACGCUGUGAGGGAGCAGCAGCUGCGACUGCCCAAACCCUUGCUCAAAGUGCCGCUGGCAGAGCGCUGGUAUGAGGUGAUGCAGUUCUGCUGGCUCCAGCCUGAUCAGAGACCCACCGCAGAGGAAGUCCACUUGCUGCUCAGCUACCUGUGUGCCAAGGGGGCCAGCGAGGCCGAAGACGACUUUGAGAGGCGAUGGAACUCCCUUCGUACCAAUACUGUAUUCAACAGCCACCGUGGGGCCUCGGCAAUGUCACGAGACCACUCCUCAUCAACAUCAUCCUCUUUCCCUCUCCUUGAGCAAUUUUCAGCUGGUGAUGGCUACCACUCAGAGUCCGGGGAUGAUAUACUCACAGUCACUGAGACCAGCCACGGUCUGAACUUUGAGUACAAGUGGGAGCAAGCCAGGGCAGACCAAUCGUUUAGAGCCCCGGACUCCUCUAGUACCCUUGGCCAGGCCACCCAUCAUUUUCAGGAAGCAAUAUACACACCUGGGGGCUUCGUGGGAGGCUGCCCCAUGGAGAGCCACAGCCAUGGAGUUUCUCCUACUUACUACCAAUCAAAACAUCUACAUGCUCCAAGCAUACUUCCUGUCCUCAGUGCCCACAGCCCCUCGGUAAGCAGUGAGUACUACAUCCGCAUCGAAGAGCCAGUAGACUGUAACCUUGAUCCGGACUAUACCAUGUGCUCCUACAGCCCAGACUACCAGGGCAGCAGUGGAAGCUUUCUGACUGGGAGUGCCGACUCAGGCGAGUGCAUUGCCUGCCCGUCACAGGCUAAGAACAUGGGUCCCUAUUGGUCAGCAGACCUCCAUAAGUCAGAUUUGUAUGACUCAGAUGUCUCAAGUCCUGCUAUCUCCCUGACAAUGGAGCCCCUUUUAGGGCAAGUGUUGGACAACAGACCACUACCACCCUGGGAGUCUAGUCACUAUGUGUCCUAUAAAGACAGAGAUGGGGGUUACUACUAUGAGCACUCGCCCCCUUUGGGAAUAGAUCACUAUCUAAUUGGAGGUGAGGCCUCCAGUGAGCGUCAUCAGGAAAGCUGGGGGUCAAGGAGCCUGCGCCAGGCCUUGGGUGAGUUGGAGAACCCGCUAGGUAUAUCCCCCGCUGUAAGCGUAAGUGCACCUCAACAGGCCUACAGAGACACAUACCUGGACACAAGUCAGACCUCUAUUAUAGGAAAGAACAUGACAGGGGGCUACUACGACAUGAUGGGCUCCCUGAGGAAGACUAUGCCCAGCCACAGCAGGCAUAGCAGCCACUCUGUGAGUAUUAACAUGGAGACAGAGGGGGCACUCUUCAUUGGGCACAGAGACAGUGAUACAGAGGAGGAAGAAGACGAGGACAUAUUUGUGGAGAGACACACCUGCAACACUUGGCCUUCAAAACACCGCCAGAGCAGUGUGGGUCACCACAGACGGGCUAGCCACAGCUGCAGACAAGAUGCUUAUGUUGAUUUCCAUUACACAAUGCCAAGUACAGACAUUGAAGACUCCUGGCCGGAGGAGCAUAGCCUGGCCUUCCACUCUUUGCCCAAACCUAUUGACUAUCUUGAGACCCACCAGGCCAAAGAUAAAAGUGCCUGCCUUAGUCUAAGUAAACAUCAUGCAAUGGUGCCUUCAGACAACUGCAACGCCUACAUCUACCUGUGCCAUGAGGGCAAGACUCAGGUGCCGGCAUCUGGAGAAUGCUGCCACUCGCACUUUGUUGACCCGCUUACAGGCUUGCAAGUCAGAAACAACAGCUUCAGUCACAGCUACAGUCACAGCAGCUACAUCAGCGACAAGGCCAUCGACAUCCCAAGCAAUGACGAGAUCAUCAAUCUAUCCCCGGCUCCAGGGGGUCCCAUUGUGGCCAAACCUGCCUUGAUAAAGACUGAGGACAGAAGAGAGCAGUAUGUUGACCUAACAACAGAUGAUGCACUCUUCAAAGAGAAGAAGGAGCAUGUAAUCAAAGAAAUCACGCAGAAACUACCAGACCAUAAAAUAGAAGAAGUGACCCUGACAAUGACUAUAAGCACCCCGCCUCCUGCUGACAACAUGCAUGUGAUGGUGGCCCUCACAGAUGCGCAGUCAGAGCUGAGCCCCACUGGCGACAGCGGUGUUGACCGAGGAGGCUCCAGUGUGAGCCUCGCUGACAUCCUCGACUGCAGUGACGACGACGAUGACGACGAGAUCACAGAUGAUAUCACCGACAUCACCUCAGGCAUCUUUGCUGACGAGUCAACCGAGCUGAAUGCUUCUCCGGCCUUCAAGUCACUACAGAAGCAGGUAGGAACUCCUGAUUCCAUGGACUCCAUGGAUCUGCCUUCUGCAGCCGGAUCUUGUGAAGGCUUCAGCCCUGCGUCCUCCCACCCUUCCAGCUCACCUAAAGCUAUGGACAGUGGCUAUGACACAGAAAAUAAUGAGAGCCCUGAGUUUGUACCCAAAGAGUCUCAUGAACCCCAUGAACAACCUCUGGGAAAGCCUAUUGUUGAUACAAGCCUGGAGGAGGACAAGGAGCUAGAGGAGCAUGAGGUUGAGGACAAAGCAGUGCCCACAGAGGGUGAGCUAUUAUUGGGUGAAGACUUGGCUUUAGGAGCCUCACAGACAGGCAACCACAUCCUUUUACCACUGAGCGAUAAGACUCCAUACAGAGACUCUGCCUACUUUUCAGACUAUGAGAAUGAAAGGCAGUCCAGGGAUGAAGGGGAAGAACUGUCAGAGAGAUUAAGAGAUGAAGAAAAUGUUGAAAAGGAACAGCACGUGGGAGGAACAAAGGGUGAGAAAAGGAAGAAAGAGGAGGAGGAAGAACUAAAUGACACUGUAGUGAACAAAGAUCUAAAACUUGAAAUGAAACACAUAUCAACAGGAGGAACAGAAUCCUAUUCUCUGCCAGAGAUUGAUGCAUAUUUGACAGAAACGUGUGGCCAGCAUGAGGCAUUGGGGCUACCUCUGGAGCCCUCUGACACUGCUUCAAUGGACGAAUGGCCAUCUCAGGAGGAGAACUCAUCCUUUGGAGACUGGGCAGCAGAGGUGGUGGGGGCCAUGGAAGAAGCCCUUGGUGCCCUCAAUGGAGAUUGUACUUCCAACAUCAGAGUAGAGGAGGAUGAAGCGGAAGACUCUGUUCAAGAUUUAGAAACAACAGGAGAGCAAGAACUCAAGACAAUUCAAAACAAGCCAUCAGGGAUUUCCGGUGAAAUCCUGCACACUUUACCCAAAGACGAGGUGGCCUUGCAGCACCAGGCAAGCAUCAGGAGGUUUUCUUCUUCCUCUCCUCCACCUCCAGCUGCCCCUCCCCCUCCGCUCCCUGCAACAGAGGGCCGAGGGUCUCCAGCUGAUGGGGAAGACGCGGAUGAGGAGGGCGGCGAUACUGAUGACAGCGACGAGUCAGAUGAGGAGCUGCGAACCUACAGUGUGCAGGAGCAGAGCGGAGGGGAGGAGAGCGAAGACGAGUGCCACCCAGUGCCCAUUGUGAUGAGUGACAACAGCGAAGCCCACAAACUGCGCAGCCUCCUUAAGAUGCCAACACUGCUUACAACGGACAACCUAGACGAGGAGCUUGAAUGCAAGAAGAAGACCGUGUCUUUUUUUGACGAUGUCACCGUCUAUCUGUUCGAUCAGGAAAGCCCAACUAAAGAGUUGGCUGAGCAUGGCUUCCCUUUAGGAGCAGAGGGUCUGAAUUCAUGGAGCAAGUCCCAAGAAAGGCUUAAUGCCUCUGAUGACUCUUCAGAUGGGAACAUCUCAGAGGAGAGUGCAGGGUAUGAGUGGGAGGACGACUUCCCACUGCUCCCUCUACCAACAUCCUCAGUGGCGUCUGACUCCCCUCCAGCCCGCUCCAUCCCCCCAGCUCCGGACCCCAAACCCACCGUACAGUUCUCCCGCUUCACUGUCUCCCCUUCCAACGUGUCCCGUUUCUCCAUUACUCACAUCUCUGACUCUGAUAUGGACUCCGCGGGAGGAAGCAGCGAGGAUGGGGACAAAGAAUAACGAGCCAUGGAUAUUUACUGCCUCUCAUACAACAACUUGGCCUGCUCGCAUGACUUGUAAUUUAUUUUUUAAACGUCAGGUUUUAGAAACACAAGACAGUGCCUGUUACCGUCUGUGGACACUUUUAAAUGGUCCGUCUUACUGACCUAAGCUGAAAAGAGAAUGGUUAAUAUAUAAAAUGUCCAGAAUAUUAAUAUAUGCUGUAUGUAUGAUGUAAAGAAUCUAUGAAAGCAGGGGAAACUUGUAUGUUGAAUUGUGCAUAUUUUUUGGAUCAAAGAGACACAAUGGAAGGACAGACCUUUGGAAAGCAUUUGCCACCUCUUUCACUUCUUAAUUAUGAUGGGAAGCAUUCGUGAGAGUGUGGAACCACCUGGACUUAUGUAUAGAAACAGGACAGUUGUGUACGGUCGCUGAGUUAAACUUUUCGGAUUUUCAACAAGGGAUCAGCACUUUGAACAAGACUUUACAGCUCCACAGACUUUGUACUUUUUAGGAAACUCCUUUACUUGUCUUAAUUAAUAUCAACAAGAAUCCUUGAGGUAUCACAAGUAAUAUGAUGUUAACAUCUGGGUUCAUUCUGAGAUAAAGGACAUGCUAGUGUAAUAGAAGGAAGCAAAGGGUAUUUUAAUGGGUCAUGUCUGGUUACAGAAUGUUUUUUUGUGGAAACAGCUGAUCAAACCUGGACAAUGUGAUAUUUUGGACUAUUUCUUUUGUAUCAGGACCACUACUGCACUGUUUUACGUAAAUAUGUGGCUCAUUCUCUCCAAACCAAAUUCAGUGCCAGCACCGCCAUCACAACCCAACACUCUUUGGCACAACAUUGUCACUCUGGUGACAGGAAGUGGAGGAAGUCAUUUCGGAUUUAACUCUUAUUAAAGGUUUAACAGGUUUUUCAAAUAUAGCAAUGCAUGGUUUAACUAUUUAGGAAACAGUAUCUAUAAGAAUGUAUUGCCUCGAAACAAAAGGGGACAGCUUUUGUUUUUGUUUUGGAGUAGAGACAGGCACACAUGGUCAUGGAAAUCCAUUUUCAUGUUUCCUCUUGCUGCCAAAACAAAUUGGCAGACACCAUUCAUGAUUUGGUCUGCUUCAUAAGACGUGGGCCUGUAGGGCUGGGCGAUGUGGAUGCAAUCUUCAUCACAGUAUAUGUAAUGUCAUAAAGUACUUUUUUCUGAUCUUCACUUUGAAACGUUAGUUAAAAAAUUAAAUGUCUACUUUGAAGUUAAACACCUGCCAAAUGAAAGUUCUUCAUCACAUUGAUGCAAAGAUCCCGUAACUCCAAUAUUGCCAGAAUUCAUAAUAGUAAUAGAAGGAUUUUCCCAAUUGUGUAGAAUAUUAAAAGUAUUUUUUUUAUAUUCAGUCUAUAUCAUCAUAUUGCCCAACCCUACAGGCCAAUAUAUAUGAAAAUACAAACUCGCGCAACAAUAUUAAAAAGUCUGUUAAAUUCUAUUUUUGUCUGCACAGAGGUCAGUCUGAACAAGCGUGCUUAUGCGUAUGUAAAUCAGCACAUUUUACAUCCAAUAUUUCUCAGCUUCUGCCCGUUCCUACAAGAGAAAUGAGAACAGCUGCCUGACACUACUGUUACUCUCACUUGCUGUAUAUUGGCUACACUGAGCUUGUUUGGAGCUGUUUUGUACUAUGAUUGUGGUAUUAAGCUAAACUGUUGAACCUUUUCAGAUUCAAAAGAAAAAAAAUGUUUGUUCUAACUGAUUACAAUUUGGGUUAUUUACCUAUAAAACAGGAAUGAGAUUUAAUGGCACUUGAAAGCGGAAAUAUUAAAAAACAAACUUGCUGUUGAGCCAUGUUGCUUUGAGGUGGAACAGAUCAAUUCAGUGUUAAAGCUUUAGUGCGUAACUUUGUGAUAUUAAUGAACGUCUGUUACAUUCAAGCCGUUGCUACAAAGCUAAUCAGGACUAUCAGCUCAACACAACUCUCUCUGGAUUUCUCAGUAUGGCUAUGUUCAGAAAAUGGUGUCGAGACUUUUGCGCGCAAAAAAAUCAAGCGAAGAUAAUUACCUCUUCUGAAGAGUCCACCAUGUUUUUUUUAAUCCUCUGUGUCCUUUUGGU